UCUCCCGAGCAUCUCGUGUUUAUAGCAGUAAUAUACAUGACUCUCUCUUAGGCAGUCUCUUUCCUGGACAGCUCUCCCUCUCUCUGUAAUUUCAGUUAUUCCCUUGCCACUUUCAGUUUCAUUGUUCAAUUACUGGCGUUCCCUUUUUUGGCUCGGUUUUGUUUCUCUUCUUUUAUUGUCUCCGGCACAAUCCAUCGGUGCCACGUUCAUACCAGCUUGCGGGACUGUCUUCUCCAGGGAACAGUUUUCACCGGAUUAAUCCUAUACAGUCGCUGUUACGCCCUGCUUUCUGAAUAACCUCCUGCCUUUGCCCAGUUGGUUGCAAGGAACGCCAUGGCUCAUACCAUGACGGUCAACGUGGUUCCAAGUCUGGCACGGGGAAUGUGGGGUGGGACAGGAUCUUGGCUGGGUGUCCUUCUUUGCCUAAUUGCAUUGGUCUACCAGUCCAUUAAUCUUGGGAACCUGCAGAGAGAACUUUCUGUAUUUCAGAAGAGUAAGGAGCAGUCCAAGGGGGAGGUGAGCAAAUUCUGUGACUCACAGCUCUGCUCCCCCCGGCAGAAGAGAGAUGUCUCGGUGAACAAAAAGCGGAAACACACUGGAAAUCGUUCUCUGCUUCACCUGGUACCAGAGUCGAUAUAUUCCAAUGUCUUCCAGGACCGGACAGAAAUUUCUUGGAAGGUGUCCCUACAGGAGGGGAAAUCUCUGCAGGCUGAAGGCAAAACUGUUCAUGUGAAGCAUUCAGGGAUAUACUCAAUAUACAGCCAGGUGUUUUACACAGAUACGACGUACACUAUGGGUCAUAUAAUAUUUCGGAAGACAGAUGAAAAAAGAGAUAUUCUUCUCCGAUGUGUUCAGAGCAUGCCGGGGGAUAAAACUCUGGCAUUUAACACUUGCUACACGUCAGGUGCUUUCCGUCUACGAAAGGGACAAACUAUCGUGCUGGAAAUACCUCGGAGGAAUGCCAGCCUGGAUAUCAACAGUCAAGCCACGUUUCUUGGAAUUGUCAAAUUGUAACCCUCCCUGCCGACUGCCACAGGACUGCCAACCUCCUGACCAAUGGAAAGUAUUUAUAGCAGCAAACAUCCGGAUAUGGACCGCUAAUUACAGGGUAGAAACAGCGGAUAAUCAGCCUGCCCCUCCCCCAAGGGUGACACAAACAGAAGAGAACGAUGAGCAUGCCCCUCCUGCUGCAGGGUAAUACAUAUAGAAGGAGCUAUGAGUCUGCCCCUCCUUCUGCAGGGUGAUAUAUAUAGAAGGAGCUAUGAGUCUGCCCCUCCUCCUGCAGGGUGAUACAUAUAGAAGGAGCUAUGAGUCUGCCCCU